AUGGCGGCCUUCUUUUCAAGUCCAGUUUUUGUUUUCUCCGCUGCAAUUGCGCUCCGUGUCAUCUUGUUCUUCUACGGCCUCUGGCAAGAUGCUAACUCGCCCCUGAAAUAUACCGACAUCGACUACUUUGUUUUCACUGAUGCAGCUCGCUUCACAGCUCACGGCCACUCGCCGUAUGAACGUGAAACAUACCGCUACACCCCUUUACUAGCCUGGAUGCUCCUCCCGACGUCAUGGUCAAGCACGUGGUUCUCUUUUGGCAAAGUGCUGUUCGCUAUUGGGGACAUUGUAGCUGGUUGGCUCAUUGUGCUGGUUUUGAGGAGCUCUAAUAAGAUGUCGACGGAGAGGGCAUUGAAGUUUGCUAGCAUUUGGCUGUUGAAUCCUAUGGUUGCUACAAUCAGUACCAGGGGAAGCUCGGAAGGUCUGCUAGGCGUAAUGGUGAUUGCUCUGCUCUGGGCUAUCACUCAGAAACGGAUAUUCCUUGCCGGGAUACUGCUGGGUCUGGGAGUUCACUUCAAGAUAUACCCAUUCAUAUAUGCGCCGUCUAUAAUAUGGUGGAUGGAUGAUGACCGUAUGGGCAGCGGGAAAAAAACGAAGGCAGGACAGAGUAAAGACCUCAUCAGCCUAGCAAAGACGUUUUGCAAUGGCCCUCGAAUCACCCUCACAUUAAGCAGUCUUCUCACUUUCACUGGUCUGAAUAUGUUAAUGUACUCAAUUUACGGCUGGCCAUUCCUCCAGCACACGUAUUUCCAUCAUGUCACGAGGAUUGACCACCGCCACAACUUCUCGCCCUACAACACUCUCCUCUAUCUCUCCUCGUCAGCUCCAGGAACAUCAUUCUUUCCCCUCGAGUCUCUAGCUUUUAUUCCACAACUAUUCUUAUCAGCAAUUGCUCUUCCGCUCCUGCUUGCCAAGAAGGACCUCUCUUCAACCAUGCUCGCCCAGACAUUUGCUUUUGUGACUUUCAACAAAGUCUGCACUAGCCAGUAUUUCCUCUGGUACAUGGUAUUUCUACCGUUCUACCUCCCAGGCUCCUCGCUUCUAAUUCAGAAAUCCCUUGGGAUAACCGCAGUUGCGCUCUGGGUACUGACACAGGCGUUAUGGCUACAGCAGGGAUUCCAGCUCGAGUUCACGGGUCAGAGCACUUUCGUACCAGGUCUUUGGCUAGCAAGCAUACUGUUCUUCUUGACCAAUGCAUGGUUGCUUGGAAUCAUCGUAGGCGAUAUUGGGUCAACAUUGAAAUCACCACAGGAAGAACAUGAAAAGACGCAGUAG